CAUACAUCUUCUACUUCGUACAACAGGCUAACCUAAGUUCGUUACAAUAGUGCUAGAAUAAGAUCAUCUCAUAGCAAGCAGGAUACUAUCAUCUGCGAGUUCCCGUUUUCUAAUGUUUCUAUUUCUACGGUUUUAAGUGUAAAUAGGAAAAAAAUCAGUACCCGUCUUGUCUGCAUGCCAAUGGAACACGUCUUGAUGAGCAAGUCGGCGAGAAUAACAUCGAAGAAUGUACAUUAGCAAAGAUUGGGUAGCCUCGCCUUGGUAAGCCCAAAGAUUGUCUAUGAAACGUCAUCAAGACCUGCGCGCUACCCGGGCGGAAGGAAUUGUAUGCGUGUGAUAUAACAUUCGGAAUGAUAGUGAGUGAGUGAGUGAGUGUGUGAGGAUGCCGAGAUCGGCGCGUACUCCAAAAAGGUAAAACGUGAGCCUGUAUGUAUUAUGAUAAACAACGUCAUCCCCCCUCAAAAGAGCCCCGGUAGCUCGUUGUCUUUCUAGGAAAUACGUAUGAUCACUAAUGGAACACGAUGAGCAGUCAAACUGAGAGCACUUCAUUACGGGAGUUGUCGGCACCUGACAAUCGCCUUGAACCAGUCACGAAUGCCACCCAGGGCGACGGCGAUGGCGGUGGUGAUGAGUCCGGGAUAUUGGCGAUGACGUCUGAUCCCCGCCAGACAGAAGCCAGCAGGAAGAGAGCUCUGAUUCUCCUGGGUGCCUCUAUUUCGCAAUUACCAAUAUGGGGAUUCUCCAUGAGCUACGGUGUGUUCCAGGAAUACUACCUAAACAACUGGACUCUCGCCGGUAGCCGUGACGCGACAGGUAUCAUAGGCACAACCUCGAACGGCGUCGUGUACCUCUCCAUUCCGUUCCUCUCGGCCCUAUUCACGCGCCGCUGGGCCAGACAUCGCCGAACGGCCGCCGUGGCAGGGACCUUGCUCGCGGCCCUCAGCUUUGCUCUAUCGUCAUUGAGCGCGCAUGUCUGGCACCUUGUUGCCACUCAGGGCGUGUUGGCUGCCAUUGGCUCCGCCCUCGUGUAUAGUCCUACGACGCUGUCGCUGGGCGAAUGGUUUAGUUCUGACGCGGGGAGAAAAAAUCACCGCGCUGUGGCGUACGGUGUCACGCUCUCGUGCAAGAACGUCGUUGGAUCGGUCAUGCCGUUCCUUGCGCGCGCGUUGCUGGAGAAUUAUGGCUUUCGUGUCGCGGUGCGUAUUUGGGCUGCUGUGGCGCUGGGGACGAGUUUACUAUCCAUCUUUCUUAUUCCUACGCAUCCCAAUGUUCUCGCGAGCACCUCCGAAGAAGAAGAGGGUUACCGCAGACGUUAUAUCCCCUGGAACUUCCUGCGUCACCGCACAUUCUACGUCUACGCUAUUGCCAUCAUCCUCCAGAGCGCAGGAUACGGCAUCCCCCAAUCGUAUCUUCCGACGUACGCGCGUGAGGUGACGCAGCUCUCGCAGACGUCCGCCACGCUCUUACUCACCGUGUUCAACAUCCCUGGUAUCCUGGCUUCAUCGCUAUUCGGGUAUCUAAGUGACAACAGGUACUUCCCCCUAUCCGCUACCACCGUGACUGCCAUCUCGGCACUGUGUUCGGCGCUCGCGGCCUUCUUGCUCUGGGGCCUUACUUCCCAAGGCAGCUUGACGCUCUUGCUUCUAUUCUCCAUCACCUUUGGAUUCUUCGCGGGCGGGUACAGUGCUACCUGGGGCGGAGUGAUCAACGAGCUAGAGAGCGAAGCCGCACGGUGGAACGAGGCAGUAGACCCAGGCAUGCUGUACGGACUGCUUAAUGGAGCCCGUGGGAUUGGGUAUGUCAGUGGCGGCCUGUUGAGCGUCCCGCUCCUGAAGGCUGGAAGUGAAGUCUCGAUUGGUGGGCUUGGAUAUUCCUCGACGUACGGCCCGCUCAUACUUUUCACAGGGUUAUCCUCUGUCUUUGGUGGCUGGGGAAUCCUUUGGAGGUGGACAACGUCUCUUCGUAGACUGUUAUGAUCUUGUUAGAUUUACGGGACACCCCUGCUGCUUGAUUUUGUAGCGUGUAGACUCAACCCGACUGCUUCAAGUAUUCUAUCAUAACCCCCGCGCCGAGCCGUCGAGACUCCCAAUUGUACAGCAACCCUCAAGUCUUCCUCAGUCAAAUGGUAAUAUAA